UGCGGUUUGGUCGUGUUUAAAAAAAUUCAAUAUCCGCAUCAAAAUUGUUACAAACCGCACAAUGAUUUCGGUUUGGUGCAGUCUAGAGACUAGACCACACUCAAAACGAACAUAACGGAGCCACAAUUAGAGUAAACAACCACGGUCUGCGGAGUAAGAUUAAUUUCUUCAUUCAAAUACAAACAACAAUCCAACAAAACUGACAAAGAUUUACUAGUAUUUCAUAUUAACUAUUGAUUUGAUAUGAUUCAUUCAGUUAUCUGAAAUUCAACACUUCGUAUUGAUUUUGGGAGAUUGCCACCAGUUUUCACAAAGAUGAUCCAUCAAGAAGACAUCUUAUUUGACAUACUUUCACGACUACCUGCCAAAUCCAUUGGCCGAUUUCGGUGUGUUUCUAAACCAUGGAAAUCUCUUCUAACGCAACCCCACCUCAUUAGAACCCACCUUUAUCGAACCAAACAUCUUCCUAAUCAUGAUCAAUCGCUAAUCCUUAUUUCAGAGGAAUCCCAUUCCCUGUAUUCUACCCAGUUGAAUAAUGCCCACCACCUGUUCGACGAAAUUACCACUUUUGCUACCAAGCUCUGUUUUGAUGAUCAUCGUUUUGGUUCCACCCUUGUUAAUAAUCUCUGUUCUUGUGAUGGGUUAGUUUUUGUUUGUGACGAGGAAAGCAAUAUGUUGUUGGUAAACCCGACAACGAGGGCGGUUAAGAAGUUGCCGAGUUCUCCGUAUGCUCUUGAUCCUCAUGCUAGUUUUACUAUGUAUGGACUUGGGUAUGAUUCAGUUAGUGAUGAUUAUAAGGUUGUUACGCUUUCGUAUUAUGACACUGAUAAUGAGCAUGAACCUGAUUGUACUGAGAUGUUUGUUAAUGUGUACUCUGUUAGAAAUGGUACUUGGAAGAGAGCUGAGAGUUCUCCGUAUGAUCAUGCUGUUGGUCAUCUUGCUUCAGGGGUUUUUGUUGGUGGGUCUAUUCAUUGGCUUGCUAGUAAGACUAAGGAUUACUCGUCUGUUAUUGUUGCAUUUGAUUUAGAGGAAGAGAGGUUUCGCGAAGUGGCACCACCUAGUUCGGUUGAUAGGAAGAAGUUCGUGUUUGAUCAUCUUGUGGUGCUUGGAGGGUGUCUUUGUAUGUUUCAUUUGGGUGGGAGUUGUGAAACUGAUGUUUGGGUGAUGAAAGAAUAUGGCGUGGAAGAGUCUUUGACCAAAUUAACGAUCAUUGACCAUGAGAAGUCGGAGUUUAGGCCAAUGUGUUUGUUGGGGAAGGAACAAGUGGUGCUUGUGAAGGACGAGGAGACGGCUGAUGAUAAACUGGUGACUUAUAACUUAGAAGAAGGAACUUUUAGGAACGUUGUAGUUCAUGCCAUCCCGGAUGGAUUUCGUGUUGGAGGGACCUUCAUGGAGAGCCUUGUCUCGCCUCGUUUAGAAUAUUGAAGCUUUGGAAGAAAGCUAAGUUAGUAAGUAGCUACUUCGUCAUGGAGAAGUUUGUAUAGAACAUAUUUUUUUGCUUAUGUUGUAUUGCUCUUGCAUUGUUUUGGUGUUUAUGGUAAUCAAAAGGCUGCAUGUUAUUUGGCUGUUAGCUAGCCCUCAUGUUUGUAAA